UGCACAUUCGGAAACUACUUCAGAAAAUGGAUCGUCCAAAUGGUCUUUAUCCAAAUUAUUUGAACCCAAGAACAGGGCGCUGGGGUCAGUAUCAUACAUCCGUUGGAGGCCUGGGAGACAGUUUUUAUGAAUACUUGCUGAAAGCAUGGUUGAUGUCAGACAAAACAGACUAUGAGGCAAGGAAGAUGUAUGAUGAUGCCGUCGAGGCUAUAGAAAAACAUCUUAUUAAGAAAUCCCGUGGCGGUCUUGUCUUUAUUGGAGAAUGGAAGAAUGGGCACUUGGAAAAGAAGAUGGGACACUUGGCCUGCUUUGCUGGGGGAAUGUUUGCACUAGGAGCAGAUGGUUCCAGAACAGAUAAAGCUGGUCACUAUUUAGAGCUAGGGGCGGAAAUUGCACGUACAUGUCAUGAGUCAUAUGACAGAACUGCAUUAAAGCUAGGUCCUGAAUCAUUCAAGUUUGAUGGUGCAGUGGAGGCUGUGGCUGUCCGGCAGGCUGAAAAGUAUUAUAUCCUCCGUCCAGAAGUCAUUGAAACCUACUGGUACCUAUGGCGAUUCACUCACGAUCCCAGAUACAGGCAGUGGGGCUGGGAAGCGACACUGGCCAUCGAGAAGUAUUGCCGAGUCAGUGGCGGGUUUUCUGGCGUUAAGGAUGUGUAUUCCUCUACUCCCACACAUGAUGAUGUACAGCAGAGCUUCUUUCUUGCUGAAACAUUAAAAUAUUUGUAUCUGCUCUUCUCCGGUGACGACCUUUUACCUUUAGACCACUGGGUGUUUAACACAGAGGCUCACCCUCUGCCUGUGUUACGUUUAGCCAACACCACACUUUCAGGAACUUCAAGGGAUGAGGAGACAAAGCCCCUGCCCCCAAGUACUCUGUCUGUAUUGCUUAGAUGACUAGGGCAUAAGAGAAGGCAGGGAAGUAUAUGAGCAAAGACAGUUCUUGUAUAAGCGAAAAACUUGAGAGGGACAGCAGAAGGGUCUUCUUCAGCACUCCCUGCCUUCUAUGUGAUGGUAAGACUAGAGCUUAUAACAGUACUUCCAUUUUUUUCUUCUCUGAAUACCAAAGGCGAUUAAAGUCAGCUACAAACGACUUGCCAGUGUCGGGUUUAAUUUUUGUUAGAGACUUUUUAAUUAUUUUGGCCCAAAUCAAUCAUCAUCCCAUGUUCUGCCUAGUUUCCAAGAAGAUUCUUCACUUUCUUUUGUAAAGCCCCUUGUAUUUCGUAGACCUCAUUACUCAGGUUAAAUACGCAUUGCAUUUAUAAGACCUUCUGCAGAGAGCCUGGAAACACACUUUUCCAGGUGCCUCCAUGAGGUGGUGCAUAAUGAAUGUUCAACACCCUCCACCUUCUACGUUUAUCUCCCUUCAUUUUAGAGUUACACUCUUUGGUUUAAACCAGAUUUUUUUUUUUAAUUCAACCAGUGUGAAGUUGUUGAAACCAAGAGAAUGGGACCCUACCCCAAAAGAAGUUUCAGUAUUGAAAAAUCAGUCUCCAGACUUUCUGGUGGGUUGCACAUUUUAUGUUUCUCUGCUACCAACUUGCUCCUUCCUUGAAGCAGAUUUUUUUAUGUAAAAGUAAGACCUGUGUGUUGAAGGAAUGCGUUCUUUUUGUGGAGUGCCGACUCUGAUUCUCUCUGAUGUCAUCCAGGCCCACCCGGGGCUUCGCUUGGUAGAUUUUAGCCGAGCAGGUUGAGAUCUUGAUAAUCAUGCUCUCGUCUUCUACACUCUCCAUUGCCAAAGCCUUUGUCAAAACUCAAGCUUGUUGGUGAAAGAUUGUGCUUCCAUUCUCAUUAUAACGCAGUUUCUCCUUCAGCCUGGAUGUUUUGAACGAGUGCAUGAGUAAAUGAGAGAAUGAGUGAGCAGACAUUUGUGGAGCACCUAAUAUGUGCCUGGCACUUUCAAGCAUUAGAACAUGGUUCCAGUGGCAUUUUCUGUAUGAGAGGAGUUCCUACCAUUUUAAAUGUUUUCCAAUGUGGAUUGUGUUGCAAAAUCUUUAAUUUUCUAUUUCAUAUAAUUAAAGAGGAAAAUAAAAGGUUUAUAAUAUAUUUUAAACAAUGUGUUACUAAAUAAUACUAACAACUAUAACUGUAGUUAAAUAACUAAAGUCUCUUGAAAAUAUCAAAGAAAUAUUUGAUUUCUGAUGCAACUUUGACUAAAAUAUUUACUUUAGAAAUAAAAACAUUCUUAUUUUGCUACAUCACUUUAAUUACAUAAUUAAAAAUCAGUGUUUUAUAGAAGUGCUGGUUAUUUUAUAUUCAAAAGUUUUUGUUACAUAAUUCAUGGGUAAAACUUGCAGUUAUAAAUUGUCUUUAUUGUGGAAUGGGUCCUACUAAUAGUCCCAUACUGUUAAAUAUAUAUAUAUAUAAAAUACUAAACUAUUUUAAGUU